CAUAAUGUCAAUUUCUGUUGCGUUCUUCUGUUGCUUUUUGACAACGUCCUACGCUCUACCAACAACAGACGAUCUGCUCACAAUCGAAGAUCCUACGUUAUUUGACAGCGAGACUCAUUCGCAUUCAACUCGAACAGGUUGCUGGGUCGAGAACACUCAGUACAGAGUCGGAGACAAAUGGCAUCCGACACUGCAACCGUUUGGCGUCUUCUACUGCAUCAACUGCACUUGCAAAGAGACACCUCAUAAUGCCACUGCUGUGUUGUCGUGUGAGAAUGUGGAGGAUGAUUGCCCUCAACUCGACUGUCGGUAUCAGUACAAACCUAAACAGCAAUGCUGUCAACAAUGUUUGGACGUCGACGAUGAUUCGGAGGUUCCUACAGGAUCGAACGUGAUUGUUGUCGAUCCUGCUAAUCCGCACCUUUUCAGAGGAGAGUAUCUGUCUUUGUUGACUGGAUCUCAAGGUCAUCCUCCUGUGAAAACAUUUGCAGCUGGAUUUGCUCAAUUUGUUGUGACGCUUUCAACUGUACAUUAUUUAUUUGAAUUUCAUGGAAUUGGUGAAAUUAUUAGCAUUCAGAUAGUGACUGCUGAUGAUGAAGUGGCAUACAAAGUUCCGAUCAAUAUGCAUGGACACAGGAUUUGUGGUGUUUGGUCUGAUGUUGAUUCUCGAUUGCUCGAUCUUCUUCUCGACAGUGCACUGUUUGUUAUUGUUCGAACUACACAAUUCUCUAAUGGAGAGCUAUUUGGUGACAUCUUUUACAAAGAAAACGAAUGGAUUGAUAGUUUUAUGUCAGUAAUGAAACCUCACUUUGUGCAAGGUGUCUCGAAUACAGUCGAUGGAAGAGGUGGAGGUGGACUGGGAAUGUUUAGACUGAAUCCGAGCCAACGAACAUUGGAAUUUGUUAUUACGUUUGAUGGAAUCAACGACAUUGAAGGUGCUUAUUUCUACACUAAAAUGAACAUCGAACAGCAACACAAGCAUCACAAUCACACACAACAUCUACACAAUUUCACAUCGACCUACAAGCCUAAGGCUCAAAUAUUUGUGGGGGCGUGGUCUCAUUUAAAUGACACAGAAUUGGAAUGGUUGGCCCGAGGGCAUCUUCAUAUGAGGAUUUAUGGACAGAGGGAAGAACUGAGAGGACAACUUGUGGUGGCCAGAACUUGUGGUGGAUUGUCAGCUGUUCUAUCUGGUCGUCAACCACCACUAAGACUUUCUACUGGUGCGGGUGCUAGCGGUCUGUUUGAGCUCUCUGAGGACGGUUCUCUCAGCUUUGAGAUCAAUUGGGUUGGGCUUGAGGGUCAAAUAACAAACAUUGCAUUCUAUGAGCUGUUACGUCAUGAGGACCACUCUCAAAGACUGGAACUGAUUUAUAACUUCACGGAUAGCAUCAAGAAUACAGACAUAAAGGUUAAUGGAGUUUGGAAUCAUCUUUCAGCAUCACAUCUGGCUUUGUUGACUGACGGUCAUCUUCAUAUUAUGAUCUGCACGGAACGCCACAAAGAUGGAGAGGUGACGGGUCAAGUGCAGCGUCUUCUCUUUAAUAGUCAUGAGAAAAUAAAGAAAGAUCUAUCUGUUACACUAACAGGCAGUCAAGUCGUUCCAUUUCAACACACAGGUGUAGCGGGACAGGUGUGGUUCUCUCUCGAUUGCUUCUGCUCUCUACACUAUCGCACUGCUGUACAAGGACUAUCAAGUAUCGACUACGUGACAAACGCCCAAAUCAGAGGUCCUGCCACCGAAGGCAGAAAUGGCCCUGUAGUUUACAGCAUACUUGAUUCAUUCAGCAGAAACUUGGGAGUUGGUUUAAUUAGAUAUCCAGAUACACACUUUUACAAUAUGAUUCGUCAGGGAUUUCUCUAUAUUGAAAUUGAGACAAAGCAGUCAAAGAUUCGCGGUCAACUCAAAUUGGGGACGAACUGUUCGAAGUCUUCGUAUGACAUAUUCCGGCCUAAGAAAGAAGAAGAUUUCAGAGACUGUGGACAGUUCAAGCACAGCGACAGAUGGCAUCCCAGCACACCAGGCAAAACAGAUUAUUGUAUUCACUGCAGCUGCCAGGAUGGACUUGUUCUAUGUAUUCCAUGGCAUUGUCAAAAUCUCACGUGUCUAGAUGUUGUUGUAUUAGAUGGUCAUUGCUGCCCAGUUUGUCUUGGUGACGAUGAAGACCUGUUUAAUAGCUCUUCAGGAUCUGGAAGUCCAAACAGUGGCUCUUACAGCGACAUUAUUGGUUCUGGUGGUUUUGGUGGUGGUGAUGGGUUUGUAGGUCUCGGUAGCUCGAGGUCUACAGAAUUGUCGCAAACUGGUUGUCCGACUGAUUUACACCAAGAAGGAUGCCAGUUUGGUGGUUAUCUUUACCCACACGGGUUGAAGUGGCAUCCUUACUUGUCUCAAUCAGGAGUAAUGAAAUGUGUUAUCUGUCAGUGCAUCCAGAAAGAAACUAGAGCAGAAGUUCAAUGCAACCCCAAACCAUGCCCAACACUAGAGUGUGCUGAACCAAUUUUUCUGGACGAGAAUGACUGCUGUCCAUCGUGCCCAGUUGUUGUUGAUGAUCCAACUACCCCAACUCCUGCCAUUAAAAGUUGCACUUUUGGUCAGCAAGAAUACAAUGAGGGUGCGACGUUCAUUCCCUACCAUCCACUAGUAGGACUAAUGGAGUGUGUACGCUGCAACUGCACUGAUGGUAAAGUAAGCUGUGCGUGGCCCUGUCCCAAACACUUCCAAUGCGACAACCCCAUCAAACGACCCGGCGACUGCUGCCAAUCCUGUCCAGAUGAAUUUCACGCAACAAGCGGUCCAGACAUCAGCCAAUAGACGAGAGAAAUAUUUGCCUUUACAUCACACUCAGUUCCGGCAUUCUCGGAACGAACAAAAUCAGGGAGGAGCAACAAAUUAACGUCAAUGACGAAAUCACUCACUACACCGUUUUAUAUACACACUAAAAUAGUUGCCCAAUAAAACACCAGUCUAAUAAUUUUU